AUGAUCCUGAGCACAACCACCUCGAUGCUUAGCAUGAUCCUCAUCUGGAAGCUCGACGAUGAGAACCGCUUCGAACGUGGCCGGAUUCACCAAGAAAAGUACCGUGAUUGCGUUGAUGUUCCUGGAGUACUGUGUGUUGUCGGUCCUCAAUUCUGCAUUCCUUCCGAAGACCCCAACUACCCGACUGCUAUCAAAGCAGCCCUGUCCGGGUUGGGGUUUGGCAUCUUCUUCCUCAUUUGUCCGUACUGA